UCGUAGCAUGCGAACGGCAACAAAUUAUUUUCUGUUGAAUCUGAGCAUUGCCGAUUUGCUCAUGUCAUCGCUGAAUUGUAUUUUCAAUUUCAUUUUCAUGCUGAACUCGGACUGGCCAUUUGGCACAAUUUAUUGCACCAUCAAUAAUUUCAUGGCAAAUGUAACGGUGUCGACGUCGGUCUUCACCCUAGUGGCAAUAUCCUUCGAUAGAUACAUAGCCAUUGUACAUCCACUCAAGCGUCGGACGUCAAGGCGUAAAGUACGCAUAAUAUUGGCAUUAAUAUGGAUUUUGAGCUGUAUCCUGUCGGCGCCGUGUCUACUCUAUUCGAACACAAUGACCAAGAGGUAUUAUAAUGGCAAACAACGGACUGUGUGUUAUAUGCUAUGGCCGGAUGGACGAUAUCCAACAUCUAUUUUGGAUUAUGUCUACAAUAUCAUCAUACUGGUUAUCACCUAUGGCAUACCAAUGAUUGUUAUGCUAAUCUGUUACACACUAAUGGGCCGUGUAUUAUGGGGUAGCCGCUCCAUUGGCGAAACCACCGAACGUCAAAUGGAAUCGAUGAAAUCGAAGAGGAAAGUGGUGCGAAUGUUCAUAGCCAUUGUUUCAAUAUUUGCCAUCUGCUGGCUGCCCUAUCAUCUGUUCUUCAUUUAUGCCUAUCACAAUAACCAAGUCACGUCAGCGAAAUAUGUCCAGCACAUGUAUUUGGGUUUCUAUUGGCUGGCCAUGUCCAACGCCAUGGUCAAUCCAAUUAUUUACUAUUGGAUGAACAAAAGAUUUCGAAUGUAUUUUCAAAAAGCCAUUUGCUGCCUUUUCUUCAAUGCUGCUGCAAUACAAAUUCAUUCGCCGCGUAGUCGCAUGACACUGAACAAAAAUAGUUCAAAUAAUCAUGGAUCGAGAAUGAAAAUAGAUAAUAAACCCUAUUGGAAGCGCAGUACAAUUGAGACCCAGAUACAAGUGGCUAACAACUCCUCAUUACCCGAUCAUAAAAAUUCAACGGUGAAUCAUAUGGGCAAUACCUGCACGAUGAUGAUACAUCGGAAUAGUAUAUUGGCUACAGAGAAGAUGAUCAAAACGGGAGAAGAAUCACCGCUCUCAAUAUCGGUGCACAAUGGGCUGGAAAGGAAGAAAUUAAAAAUUCGUUAUAUUUCAUGUGAUGAGGACAAUAAUGCUGUAGAAUCAUAAAUCCACAAAAGAU